AAAUGAAUACAUGUAAAAUAAAGAUGUAAGAAACUGUGAUACCUGAAAACUAAGGGACUGGAGGUUUUGAGGCAGCCUUACGACUCGGAAAGAUUCGGUCUUCCUGCGCCGAGCACCCUGCCCGUACAGAGAGACCCACGGAGGAGCGCCUGCGGUCGCCCGCUUACACGUAUUGGAAGAUGGGCGGAGCUCCCGCACCUCUAGGACUCACGGUCACCCCACUGACACGGUUCUGUGGCCCUCCUGCUGAAAGGAGCUCCACCCCUUUCUCCAAUAAGUGAAGACCGUCCCGAGCAGAGAGGCCUUGGCACAGAAUGGCAGCUGGAUGCGGCGCCGUCGCAGCCGACCGGAGCCACGAGGUCUGGAGCGGCAGCUCGUCCAUAGGAAGCGCGGAGCCGCAGUCGCCGAUGAGCCGGCCCGCUAUGCCAGCUGGCCCUCGGGACGACCUCCCAGCGAGCGAACGGCGCUGGACCGAGCACGCACGAGUUGAGAAUGUGCUCCGAGGCACGGCAGGGUCCUGGAAGGGGUGGCUGCAAACUGGCUGCCAGAGGUGUGACGCCCACCCUUUGGACUUGGAGGAGGAACUCGAGGACGUGAAGUGCAGGCGGCUGGUGCCCCAUGCAGUCGGGUGGAGCCGCCACGCAGGUGAGGAGCACCGUGCCCUCCGGCAGCAGCUGCACGCCAUGCACAAGCUCCUCAAACAACCCCAGCAGGGGCUCGUCCAGUCGCGCAGCGUCGGCAAAGACCUUGGAGAGGAUGGGCACGGGGACGAGCAGCAGCGCGAGUGCCAUCUCCAGGCACACCUGUGCAGUGAAUGCAGGGAAGGAGCGAGAACGGGACAGACUAAGCAGGCGGACAGCGUCCGCCACAUCAUCAUGUCUAACAAAGAGCAACAAGAGCUGUCAGGUGCUCUGAAACGAGAGCUCUCCAAGGCUGUCAGCAGAAGUGUGGACCUGGUCUUUGACAAAAUCUCCUCUGCGUUGGCCAAAGACUCCUCACGCCUGCUAGGGGGCGGAAAGAGGAAGUUCGAGGAAGUGUCCAGCAUCCGAGAACCGUCACUCACAGCGGACGAGGUCACAGCUCAGCCUCCAGAGCAUAAGGACACAGACAAGGUGCUGAUCCCUACAGAGCAGACUGAGGCGCUGUCUCUAGUCGUGCCCAAGCUCUGUUCCAUUCGCCACCGUGCUGAGGACCAGCAGGUACCUUACCAGAUGCCACCAUCACCAUAUAAAUGUGAACAUCGCGUUGCUUUUGGUGAGAACCAGCUUCUGGAGCACCUCCUCAGGUGUAGUGUCCACAGCGACCCCAGAAGCCCCCACUGUGGCCUCGCAGUGGGAGACGGGUCUCCGUCGCACUCGCUGGACAUACCCCAGCACCGUGACAAGGUGCGGUCCAAGCCAAGCUCCAGUGUGGGGACCCUUCCCACGCCCCUAGAGCGUCCCCGCAUCCCUCACAACAAAGCGGAGGAUGAGACACUGCAGAGGAGCCCCUGUGUGUCCCUCACCGAAGGUCUGAGCCCCAGCCACCUGAAGAAGGCUAAGCUGAUGUUCUUCUACACCCGCUACCCCAGCUCUAACGUUCUCAAGUGCUUCUUUCCUGAUGUGAAGUUCACCCGCUGUGUCACCUCACAGCUCAUUAAGUGGUUCAGCAACUUCCGUGAGUUCUACUACAUCCAGAUGGAGAGGUUUGCACGGCGAGCUGUGCUGGAAAGGGGCACGUCUGCAGAAGGCCUUUCCGUGUCGCGGGACUCGGAGCUCUUCCGAGCUCUCAAUGCGCACUACAACAAGGCCAAUGACUUCCAGGUGCCAGACAGGUUUCUCGAGGUUGCAGAAAUUACACUGAAGCAAUUCUUCAACUCCAUCUUACUGGCCAAGGACACGGACCCUUCCUGGAAGAAAGCAAUCUACAAGGUCAUCUGCAAACUGGACAGCGAUAUCCCCGAUUACUUCAAAUCUUUUGCUUGCUCAUAAAAACACAUGGCAUCAAGCACUUUCUGUAAUUUAUCAGUUGAAACGUGAACAUUAUGUUUAUUAUGUGCCACUAAUUCCACUAGUGUCCGUUAUGAUCUUUGCUGUAUUUCUCAACUGGCAGGUAACAGAACCGAUUGCUGUAACUUCCCAUUUUGAAAAUCUUCAUUUAGAUAAAACUCACAAAAGAGGCUUUUCUUAUCAUUCAACUUACAAGUAUAAAUCUAGCUAUGUUGCUGAAUAGGUGUACAUCUUUUCCAAACAGCGUUUGCUAAAUGAAUAAAUGUAAAUUUAAAAUGUAAAAGUAGUCACGUAACAAUUAGUAAAUUACAAAGAUGAAAUCAGGAGAAUACAGAAAUGAAAGGGCAUUUUUUCAGUGAGCAGACUUGAAAACUACUGACACCCACCAUUUGUUGGUGUUUGAGAAUCCCGUCAAUGGUUCAUAGCUAAAAUACCAGAACGCUGGACACUGUUAAAUUGUACUUGGUGAGAUACUGAAAUAACAUUCAUAUUGCAUAAUAUGUAUCUUAUUUACAGCUCAAACGAAAACUCAUACACAGGAAAAACAGACACGUUUGAGGGAAAGAAGAUUUUGUACUGUAUUUCACAUUCCAGUGUUUACAGGUCACUAUUUUGCUCUCCACCCGUGCAGUUAAACCACCCAAAGUAGCUGUGAUGCAUCCUGCUGAUAGAGUAAGUGGCCAAGAACUGUCAGUACAGGACUGGACUAAGAAAACUCACAAUAUGCCACAGAUUGCAAAGUUUCAUUUAAAAAGGGAAAAAUUCUGUAUUCUCUAUAUCCUAUACUGUAAGUGACAUCCAUUCACAACUUUGAAAAUCUAAUAUAUAAAUUGCACUGCAAAACCCUCCCCUUCAUGCAUCCACUUCAAAAUCUUAUUAAAAUCCCAAAGUCAAGACUGGAAGCUCUUAAUGGCUAAUGGUUUGCUCUGUGCUGAAAUCAUCUCUAUACACAUUGCCUCCUCAUGAUACAAAUGAUCAAGUUACACAUUUUUGAAAAUAAACUAUUCAUUUAUUUUUAAUAGA